CCUGGGCUCCGGCGCCCGCGCCAAUCAGAGCGCACGCGGUCGGUAAAUAAAGCGGCGGCGGCGGCGGCGGCCGGCAGUUGGGUGAUUGCGGAGCGGGAGACAUGACCACCACAACCACCUUCCAAGGCCUGGACUCCACAGGUCGCAGCAGUUCCAGCAGGGUGUUGCAGCCUCCAGGUGGUGGAUCCAGUAUCUCAUUCGGGGUGGAGGAAAAUGUCAAACCAGUGCAUUCCCGUCCAAGCAAAACUGCAUCCAAUAUCUUUGGGCCACCAUUGGAAAAUCAACCUGUGGCUAGGAGAAGCAACCCACCAGGUGGAAAAAGUAGUGGUAUCUUUGGGGCAGCUGCCACUGAAGCACCUGAUCUAAAGCAACGGAGAAAUCCUCCUGGUGGCAAGACAAGUGGCAUCUUUGACACUGUGAAAACACCUCCCAAAACUCUGGAUAUUGCAACUGGGGAAAGUGAAAAUAGCCCAGGUUCCUUGAUUAUAACUGAAUCUAAAAUGGCUCACGAAAGGCCUUUGUUCUCUUCCGGAGUUCAUGGAGCUGAAACUGAAACCCAAACUGAAGCCCAGGGAAAGAGAGGAGAGAGUGUGCCCAGGCCAGCAGAGUCUGCUCAACCCAAAUCAUUAAGGCCCAAGAAAGUCCCACCUGGUGGAGUGUCUAGCCUUGUGCUGGGGUAAAUCCACUGUUCACCUCAUUAUCUCAGCUGCAGAUUGAAUAAAUGUUGAUUUUAUUGUAAAAUUAAACUUUGAGCUUCACCAUUUUGUAUUGGCACUUUACAUUUGAAUGGUCCAUAGGUGCUCAAAACAUGAGGCCUGCUGGAAAAGGCACGCGUCAUUUAGUCCCUGUGAUGUAAAGUACUGAGUGUUUGUUUUUCUUGUGACUUCAGACUUAAUUCUGGCAUUUUGGACUUUGUAUUUGGAUGUGAUUUGUGAUGCAAAUAAAAAUACUCCAAAUACAA